AUGGCUCAAAAAUUGUACGAGUCCCUCAAAUUCAGCGACAAUUCCCAACAAAUCUGGCUUUUGGUGGUUCUCCCGUCUGCGGAAUUCUCAGCCCCCAUCGAAUGCGAACUCUCUGUCGUGUCCUUAGCAGACACCGGUCCGUAUGCUGGGCUCUCUUAUGUCUGGGGUAAUGCUGCAAAUCGAGUUCCGAUACGAGUCAAUGGAAGUGAGGUGUAUAUUACAGUCAAUCUCGCAUCUGCACUUCGUCAUAUCCGCUUGCGGUCUGAGGAGAAGAUCCUUUGGGUGGAUGCCCUGUGCAUUCACCAAGAUGAUCUUGAAGAGAAGUCCGGCCAAGUUUCCAUGAUGGGAGAUAUAUACGGAAGUGCAGAGAAGGUGAUAGUUUGGCUGGGAGAAGCUACUUUGUCUACCAACGCCGCCUUUGCGUGUUUCGGCAUGGUCGACGAACCCCCGCCUGAGCUUUGGGACUCCGGUCUGGUUGGUGAGAAGAUUCUAAAGCAAGUUGGUGAGAGAGUGGUGGACGGUGUGUUUGACGUAUUUGCCCGCGACUGGUUCACAAGAAUGUGGGUGGUUCAAGAAGUAGAGCGAGCGCAAAGUAUCGUCUUCAAAUGCGGUCAAAUGGGGAUGUGGCCGAAGGACAUCUCAUCAGCGGCCUAUUUCUGGAACGACCUGAGCGAAACAAAAACCGGCUACGAGAGGCGUUUCAAGGAAACGAACCCUAGAACGUAUUCUUUUCUCCAGAGCCUAGUAUGGGGAGGCAUCGAGAGCUGUUCUCUCUAUCACCUCGUGCAAGUUCAUUGCUACAGGAGAUGCAGUCGUCCAGAGGACAAGAUAUAUGCGCUGAUGGGCCUUGCCAGGGAUGCCGGCUCGUACGGUGUGGCUGAUUAUACAAAGUCCUGCAAAGAGGUCUACACGGAGUUUGCAACGGCAGUCAUCGAAAACACGUCGUCUCUAGAUAUCAUCAAAGCGGCGGGCCUUGGCCUUUCAACAGAAGGACGAAAUUUGGCUUUACCUUCAUGGGUUCCCAAUUGGACCACCGGCCGAUCCUCUGAAAAUUUCUUUGGAUUCGCUCCCCAGGCCACUCUUGGCAUGGAAGCACAGUUCAGAGUGGAAGGACGACAUUCCUUGCAUGCUCGUGGCUUGGUCUUUGACACAAUAUCCUAUGUCGUAUCCAUACCUCCAGUCGACUCUAGAACGGAAACGAGCUGGCAGGAUGUUUUGAAGAGCUGUCAAACUGGUAAAUACCACGGUGGUAUUUCAAAAUUGCAGGCCCUGUUCAGAGUUUUGCUUUUCAAUUACGAUACCGACGCGGCAAGUCAAUUCAGAUUGACCGCUGGGAGAGCAAAUUUCUCACUCCAUCUGCAGGACUUUCUCAAGGAACUUGGCAGCAGCGUUUCUGGCUAUGACACUGUGGACUCCCGGCCGGUGGAGCGGUUUCUGGGAUGGCUAGGAGAGGAAAGGAACGGGCGAUGUGAUGCCGAAAUAUUGGGACCAUAUUUUGGGGUCAACUGUACAAUGGACGAAUGGGGAGGUCUAUUGAGAACUCGGGUUCAUCGGUGGAGGACUCGCAACAGUUGUUUGCUCGGUACCUCUGGCAGAGACCUGUUGGAGACGGAUGGAGGAUGGAUGGGUCAUGCGCAUCCAGGCGCGCGGAAGGGAGAUCUGACCUGCUUGGUGUUUGGAUGCCCAGUGCCAAUGAUUCUACGUGAAGUAGGGUCACACUUUGUCAUCGUUGGCCCGGCUUAUGUCCUUGGCAUCAUGCAAGCAGAAGAGGUAUUAGGCCUCAAGAUGAAAAUGGGCUUAUUGGAAGAAAGGGACAGCACUGGCCCCGAAGGUUUCGUUCAUGAGUGCUAUCGUAGAUAG